ACAAGGAGCUGUUAAUGUCCCUGAGCCCCCUGUGUCAUUUACAUACACCUCCCUGGUACCAGUUCACAGCAACCCAGGCUUGUAUAGCAGCACAGACCUUCUCAGAGACAGCCUCUCUUCCUGUGCUUCCUGACAUGGCCCUGGGUUUCAUGGUCCUUCUGCUGGCAGGGACAGUGGGGACAGCUUCCAGGGCUCAGCCUGUGCUGACCCAGCCACCCUCUGUGUCGGUGCUGCCCGGGCAGACUGCUCGGCUGCCCUGCCUCCUCAGCCCCCGCUUCAACAUCAGCGAGUUCGGCAUCUCCUGGUACCAGCAGCGCCCGGGACACUCCCUGAGGUAUUUGCUCUAUUACAACUCUGAGCAAGACAAGCACAAGUCCGACAAGAUUCCUGACCGCUUCUCUGCUACCAAAGACCUAUCCAGCAAUGCCUGCAUCCUCAUCAUCGCCUCUGCCUGCCAAGAAGACAACGCCAACUAUUACUGCUCCCUGUCACACGCCUUCAGAUGGUUUUAGGAACCUUAAACUGCAGCUUUCUGCUUUUCCCCUGGGG